AAUUGGUCACCACAUUGCUAGCUUACUACCCUACUAAUGUCAUUUUCCGUUAACUUGCAUCAUUAUGUGAAUGUCAUUCGUUGGUUAUGUUGAUGGUUUAUGCGAUUUUCAAGUAACAUGUUCAAGUCAGCGCACAUGUCCAUUCGGAGGACUGUCCGACAGUUUUGUCGACAGCAAAUAUGCCAAAGACAUGCACUCAAAGUCAAAGAGUUUGUCAGGGCGCGUCCAUGGAUUUGGACGUCACGUAAGACAGCAGCACAAGGCACAUACGCACAGGGAUACCAGGAAUUUGCGCAUGGUAAUGACAGGACAAUUCCAGUUUUGGUGAACAAACAAAUUCAUCCAUCAGAUUGGGUCGGCAAACAACCAUUAAUAUAUCCCAAAAGUAUACCUUUGUUUGGUUCCCGAGGUAAUGUGAACUAUGUACAAUUUAAUCACUACCAUAAUAAUGUCAUCUCCAGACAGUUUAGUGUUCGGACGAGACAGCAGCAAAAGUCAUCAGAAGAAAUUCAGAAACCACCUGAAGGAGAAGGACAAAAUGUUGAAAAGCCUGCAGAACAACUGACUUUGAUACAGAGAUUUAAGAAAACUUAUAAGGAACACGGAAAAGUUCUUGUAGCAGUGCAUGUGUUGACGUCAUGUGUGUGGUUUGGAUCUUUCUACGCUGUUGUAGACAGUGGAGUGGAUAUUGUGGCAAUGCUUGAAUGGAUGGGCUUUAGUGAAACAAUUACAAACCCGUUUAAGUCAUCAAGUAUGGGAAACGUGGCACUUGCCUACCUUAUGUAUAAGUUGGCGACCCCGGCCAGGUACACUGUGACCAUUGGCGGCACAAACAUGGCCAUCAAACACUUGAUGAAUAAGGAGAAAAUGUCUAAAACAAAAAAGGAGGACAAGAUCAGGAGCUUAUUUAAGGAAGGGGUGAAAGAUGUCAAAGAUCAGAGUACUAGGAAGUUCAAACAAUACAGGUUUAAAGCACGGGCAAAAAGGAACGCUGCUAAAGCUCAGAGCACAAAGAAGGUCAAAGCAGUUGGAAAGAGAGUGUUUUCAAGAAUCAAAUGGAGGCGAGACAAAAUUAUGCUUAAAUUGAAAACUUCUCGAUUAAACAGGAAAGGUUCCAAAAAGGAAAAUGGAAACAGUGAUAAUGAGGCUUAGAUGGAAAACAUCUUGAUUACUGGUAAACAGGAAAGAUUCCAGGGAUAAAUGGGAACAGUGGUAGUUAGACUUAAAAGAAAAACAUCUCGAUUUAUAUCAAGUAAACAGUGAAGGUUCCAGGGGGAUAAAUGGAAACCUUGCUGAUAGAGAGUUUAACUUGUAUCCAACCAUCUGUAAUCAUAUUUACAAAACAGGUUUUAAGAUUUAAGAAAUAUAGUGUAGUUUUGUUGAUAUGAUCAUUGUGUUUGUUUUUUCUCAUCUUGUACAAAGGGUCAAAGUGAGCUGAUGGUGCAGUUUUACAACAAGUGAUUUCUAAGUUGUUCAUCCUUCAGCAUAAUUUUAUGAUAAUUUAUUACGGAUACACAUAAAACAAAUGAUAAAAAAUACUGUAAGUGUACAUAUGUUACCAGUUAUCUUAUUUUUGUGCUAAUACCUGCCCAAAAUAAAAAUUAUUUCAAACAUUAUUUAUUUUAAAACAUUUAUGAAGCAAAUUUUAUCACCUUAUUUUAGUUUGUCAGUAAAAGCUUUCAUUUUGCUCUGUGCUCCUUAUCAUGUCAACAUUACAUUUUGAGUUUUCCAAGUUUUUGAAAAUUUACUGAAAGUCAUCAAUUAUUACAUUUCUCACAAUAAUGAAGGCCUGUCAAGUAUGCAGUGAAAUUGUUGUAAUGUGUAGUGUAAUGUGUCAAGUCCAUGCCAGAGUGCUAAGCUUUGUUUGCAUUGCAAUCAAUUAAAUACACUUACAGCAAAUUAGCAUAUAUACAUGUGUAUAUAGAUUUGAUGUAAUUUUUAUGAAGGUAUCUUAUUUUAUUUAAGGAUUGGCUUUCUCUUUUGUUAGUUAUCUGUUGAUAACUAUUCUGUUAUGAAUUAUUCCUGUUUGAACUACAGUUAAACCUGCCUGAGAGACCAUCUCCAAAAAGACACCAACUGAAAAAAGGGAGACCACUCUAUGAACUUUCCAGAGGUGGUCUCUAAUCAGAGGUUUGACUGUAAUUCCUUACUAGGUCUCUUGGGGUUUGUUGUAAACAUUAAAAUCUACUGCUGAAUUACAGAAUUAUAAAGAAUUUUAAUUUAAAAUUAUUGAAUUUUUACUAUGAUUACAACUAACGGAUGUAUUUAAUUUUGUGAUAUUUUAUUGUGAUCAAAUUGGGAAGUUUGCUUGUACAAAAGAUUUGGACAGGUGAGCUGAUGAAAUGUUGCCUGUCUGUUGUCUGUCCCUCUCGGAGGGCAAGGCUCAAUAGAGGAAUGGAAGGUAAAUAUGAUUUAUUCCUUCAGAACAUGUGAAGGAAUUUUAAUUGAAGUUGGUUUAGAGCAUUUUUGUCUUUGAUUCCUGAGGCCUGAGAGGUGGGGCCCCAAUACAGGAACUAUGGGGUACAACUAUAGUUCUAUCGAUUAACAUCCUCAACUAAUAACAACAUACCUACACACAAAAUGUGCAUGAAGAAACGAAUACAUCCAUGCUACCAGGAUUAGCCUUGGAUCCAGCCUCAUCCUAGGGGACUAUGUCACGAGGUAACAACAUAUAGACAGUUGGGAACCCCACACUUUAACUACAUAUUUACAAUUGCUAGGCUUGCACAUAAAGAGGCAAACACACUCAUUCUACUAGAAUUAUCCAAGGUGUCUGACCCACAUUUGGGCAAUAAGUCCCUGACUCAUACCAUGGAAACAUUUCAGAUCCAGACCCUACAACCACUUGUACAAUAUGCUAGACAUGAAGAGAUAAAUGCAUGCAUUUUCCAGGAAUGGAACAGGAGUCUGUCUUGUCCUCUUAAAGUCCAAGAGUCCUGAUAUGGAAAAAUGAACUUGCUGGGCCAUAAGAGAUGAAUAUACUCUUGCUACCAUGAAUGCUCUAGGGUCCUAUUGGUCCCUUGAGGUUUGAUGCUUGGGUUAUAAUUUGCAAUUAGUUUGAGAUCCCCAUUUCAACACUAGAUCACUCUCGUAGCAUGAUUACACUACCAGGAUAAGCCCAGUCUAGCCCCACCCUUGGGGAGUUAGUCUUAGGAUCAUUACAUGAGAAUGAUGGCAGUUCCGACAGCACCUGGUAACCAUAUGUAUGGAUUUAAACCACAUUGCAAAAUAUCUAAGGGAUCUGAAAGUCAACUGUUGAAAGAAACAUUCAGAAAAAAAGGAAACCGAUGAUGGAUACAGACUGUAUAGGCAAUUCUUGAUGCAGUAUAUAAAUAUUUAAAAUUCAUUUAUUUAAUCAAUGCAAAAGUUGAGCAAUUGUUGUGAACCUACGUGUAUUUAUAGAAUGGAACUAAUUCGUGAAAAUCUGUGUAUCAAUAUGAUUAAUUGGUUUUGAUUGCAUAUCUGUUGUAAACGAAUAAAGUGUGUACAUGUAAUAAAUGUAUUAUUCAUAUAAA